AUGUCCUUCAUGUUUAGAGCGUACAAGAUGGCGCUCGAAGAGACCAUUUUUUGGUUUAUUUUAUGUGUAUUUCUCGUCCAAAACAGCUGUUCAAACCUCGUUGUCAACAUCAAAGCAAAAGAUGGCGAUAUUGUGCAGAAGAGUUUUUUUUCAGAUCCCGAAAAAGACUACGUUACGAUUGAUUUUAUGACUCACGGGGGUCGGUAUAUUACGGUGUACAUCGACUUCCGUUUGGUAUGUUGACUUUAUUUAACGUGGCUUUUGAAAGCUUCUAGUGAUUUUUCUACCAUAAAUAUUACCUUUUGAGCACCAGCCAUCUGCUGUAGCAGACUUCGUUAUCUCCAGCGUGGUAUUACCUCAGAAAAAUAUUUCAAAUGGCUCGGAUCGUAGGCUCGACAUGGCAAAUUCGGCAGCUUGCCACAGUACCGACGAAAGAUCGAACCACUACACAGAGUUUUCUCGUUCUUUAAGACUCCGACCUCAACUUACAAGCCUCCGAGGCACUAAAAUGUGUACCUUUCUUCUUAAUAAUCGAUACACAUUGCUAGCUGUCUUUUAACACAGUUAGGAAGGUUGUUUGUCUCUACGUCCAGUAUUCAACGGGCAGUCGGACCACGGGCGGCCCAGACGUAAUGUGUGUCAAUAACAUGGACAAAAUGGGAUAAGUCGUCGAAUCUCCCAUGAACUAAAAAUCAAGAAAUAGUGUGUGUCAACAACAUGAACUAAAGUAGUCCAGAAGUCAAAAUAUAACAAAACAAAGCUAACAUACCUUUAACUGAACGUCUCCUUGUCUUUCCUGAUCGGUUGAAGUGGCAUUUUGUCGAGUUUUGCAGUUUCGUUUACUAAAGAGUGGACAGUGCUUACGAUUGCAAAACUCGACAAAAUGCGUCUGUAACUGGCUAGGAAAGACAAGGAGAUGGUCAGUUAAAGGUAUGUUAGCUUUGUUUUGUUAUAUUUUGACUUCUGGACUACUUUAGUUCAUGUUGUUGACACACACUAUUUCUGGGCCACCUGUGGUCGGACAGAAGUUUCAAAACAUAUACUUGAUGUCUGCAUGGAUAAUAGAAAGACUGCCAGUCUUUCUAUUAUCCAUGAUGUCUGGUAGUCAGAUUUUCUUUACGUUUGCGUAGAUUAUGCGAAAAUGGUUAGUGCUCAGAGCUGUUUGUUAGGAGACAAAGAAUUCAAAAGGGUAACAUAAGAAAAUUUUGACUGCCAGACAAAGCAUUUAAAAAAAUCCUUUAUUGCUGUUGAAAAUUUAGUCACAGGGCUAACAUUUAACAUUUUUCUUCACACACAGUGCACAGUUUUUGCAGAUUCUAUCAUUAAAGUGUCCAAAAUUUUAUCCCUUAUAAUUUUUUCUUAAAGAGUACUAAUCAAUACUCUUAAAAUACUGAAGGAGGCUGUACUCCUGCUGUGUUUGAGAUAUUUUAGUGGAGUGGGUGUUUUGUACUUUGUGGAUUACCCCAAAAACUAUUACACAUAGACCUGAGUGUUUUACAGAGCGUAAAUGUUAUAGUCGCGAUAUUGAUAAAUAUGUUUUCUCUACUCAUUUAGAAACGGAAGAUAUUCCAGGUCACUGUUCUUGGGGAAAUGGACAAAGCUGAAAGUUCGUAUGAAGCCAUGUGCUUUGUAACAGAACUUGUAGAAGAUGAGUUUAUCUCUUCUGAUGCCAUGUCAAAGCUGAGACAGGUUAAUAGUACAUUAUUGAUAAUAAUAAUAAUAGCAUUUAUAAAAAUAACAAAACUGGUGAAUAACAACGAACCAUUUUAUUUGCCAACGUAAUAUCAUUUCCAUUGCUACACACUUUUCAUAGGGUUUCCACUACCAGCAUUUUAUUAUUAUUGUUAUCAUUAAUAAAAAAUACAAAAAUUUUGUUAAUGCCCUAUUAAUGGCAAGUUUCAAACUCCUUAGCCUGCGAAAACAUCUGUUUCUCCUCGCUCUUCGCUGCUGGGGACAUUUUGCGCAGAGGAACGUCUGCGAAUCAGCGACAAAAAUUCCAUACUGAUGACAUAAAAUAUGUCCAGAAUCCAGUCAGAAGCGCUGAUUGGUCGACAGAGUAGUUACAUUGUUUUAGCUUUUGUUUACAAAUGACAGUCUUGACAGACAAAAGACAAAAGGCCACAGAGGUCAAAAUUUGACCUCUGUGGCCUUUUUCAUGUAAAUUUGAACAAUCUCUUACAAAACAGUCAAUAUUUGUGGAAUAUAGUCUUCUCUAGAAGAAGUAUUUGAGUUUUGCUGGAGCUCGUUGGCAGAUGAACACCACACUUUACCAAAAUCGACCAGAAGACACAUAAAAUUGGACAAAUUUAUAUUUGGAACCCUAUGACUACCAGAUUCAUUAUGUAAACAUUGAUUUGCGUCAUCAGUAUGUAAUUUCUGUCGCUGAGUCGCAGACGUUCCUCUGAGCGAAACGUCCACAGCUAUGAAGAGUGAGGAGAAACAGAUGUUUUCGCAGGCUACAAACUCCUGGUUUCUCAAUAAAAUUAACCUCCAAACUAAACAAUUCAACCAAAACCUUUGUUAUAAUUCAAACCAAUUUUGUUUCCCCAGUAGGUUUGAAAACUUGAGAUUCUCGUGUUUGAUUAUUAUUUUUACAGUAUAAUGAUAAUGAUAAUGUUAAAUAUAAUGAAGAUGAUGAUGAUGAAAAAUUGGUCUUUCAGAGCAAACCCAGACAAAAUUUGUAUUCCAUUUGCAGAAAAACCCCAGCACAAUUCGAAUUCCAGAAGAUGAUAUUGGAAGUGAUUCUCACAUCAUGGAUCAUGUUGUCAGCCUCACUUCUACUGAUGUCCUGGAUAAAAACUUGACAGAAUUGUGUAAAGAUGCUGGCAAGGUGUUGUUCAAAGGAACAGAUCCCAAGUUAUUGUUAUCAGGUAUGCAGUGCUCAGCCACCAGGGAGAGUUGUGAGGGUUCCCAAAGGUUUUACAGGAUGCGGGAUUUGCUUUAUUUGAAGUCAUAUACAGAAACAAAUAUUCUCCAAACUGGUCUCCAUACAUUUCCUUAAAGAAUGUGUUGAGAGAAUUUGAUAAAAGAUCAAGGCAUUUUCUCUUGGGUGAUCAUUUUAUUCUCAUUACCUAAUCUCUUGUAAAUGUAUGGUUAGGAGAAAAUUGAUGUUGAUCACCAUUGGGACUCAAAGGGUUAAAGUAAAAUUGGGUGAGAUUCGGGAUUGAGAGUAUGCACUGGAUGUAGGAUACCGCUAUUGACCAAAUGUGAUAACAAGAUUGGGAGAAAAUUUCGGUUGAGAAGGUGGGAUUGAAGAACCCUCUUAGGGCCCCUUAGAUGAACGAGCCUGUUGCAUUCUCAUCAUAGCCCUAGUUGCUGUCGAUGGAUAUAGGACUCAUUUACUGACAGUUUUUUCUCAAGUCAAAUCUACCAGUAGAUUUCCCCCUCUGUUUCACCUAGAUCUGUAAUAACAUUUCAGUGGCUUCUGAGCCUUUAUUUAGAUACCUAGUGUUCCAACUACUUCCAAUCAUUGCAACCACUGGACAUUUUCCAGUGAAGUUCUGAUGACUUGGUGAAAGGUUACUAAUGGAAAACUGGAAAAAUCACCAAUGACAGUUGGAAAAGGGCCUGUUGUCCAUCAAUGUGCCAAUGAACAAGUUGCCUGCAUUUAUAAGUCAGGCAGUUUGCACGUGUGAGGUCAAUGUUCUUGUCUUGAGGCUUCACUGAUAUGGCAUGAGAGUUUGGGUGCAUUUCAAUCGUUAUCAAUCUGUCAACCUUUUAUUAAAUGAAGAGCAAAGCCACUGAAAAGUUCUCUUUAUGGUCUUGCUAUUUUCUUAUUUUUUAAACUCCUAUCCAACUUAUAAUCCGUUUCUCAAUCCUAAAGGGAUGUAAAAAUGGCUUCCCAAAAUUAUGACAGAGGUAAAAAAGCAAGGGGAAUAUGACUGUGUUUAUGAUUUUACCAAUGUGACCCAAGUGGUUCAAAGCCUGGUUGGUAGUACUCUCCUGAUCUCUACGAACAGAGCAUAUGAGUUCAGUUGUCAUGGUAACCAAGCCUGGCUAUGACUUUGUGCUGAUCAUAUUUAGAACACCUUGACCAUAAUCUGGAAUUAACUUGUGUAGGUGUUAAAUUUUUUUCUCAGUUGUUAGAGUCGGCUGAAUCUAAAAUCUACUCCCUGAUAUUCUAAACAAGUAGAAUAGGCCGUUUCUGAAUUGAAAAAACUCACUUUCAAUUUGAGGCAAAGUGCAAAACCUUACUUGUGAAAAAGAGUUUUAUUUGCAUGAGGAAGAAAAAAUCAUUAAUAUUUUUCAUAUCAAUGGCUUUGCACUUAGCAUCACUUUGAAACAGAGGCUUGGGACUACUUAAAAUGGCCUAUUCCUGUGACUUAAUUAAAAUAAGUGGACAAGUAACAUCAUAGUACUUUUUUACUUACAGAAAAUUCAACACGAGAAGAUCUUGACAAGCUAGAAUUAGCAUCACAGGAUCAGUCUGGCUUUUUAAAGGUGUUAAAACAUUGCAAGGACACUUCGGAACUCAGUGCAGAGUGCAUCUGUAGAAGUGAAGUCUGCAUAAGCUGGUAUCCCUGUAAACUGAAAUUAUGCCAAGGAGAAGAUGACAAUGGGCACCCCUUGGAGUAUCGAUGCGGCAUUAAAACAUGUGGCAAAUGCCAUGACUUUGAUUUUUAUGUUCAUGAGAGACGGAACUGUUUUUGGGACAUGAAUACGUAGCCUCACUUGGCACAAUCUUGUAUACAUAUAAAAAGUUUCUACAUUAACCAAUUCACUACUUUUCUUAUGCUUUCCCCUUCUACAGUGUACAACAGAACAUUUUAGCAGGUAGAAAAAAAAACAGGAGUUCCUGGGCUGUAACAAAUGGCUAGAAAAAGCUGGGGACUGGGGCAAUUUUUAUUGAUGUUAUUUUGUACAAUUUGAAGACAAAACAUCUGAUUCCCUUUUAUUCUUCAGAACAUUUGUAUAUUGUUUUUAUAGAAGAUUGAGCCAUAAUAUCGCAGCAAAAAAACGUUCAUGUUCUUUUUUCUAGAUGAUUUUGCUCCUAUUAAAUUUUUUUUGAAUGCUUGGUCAUUUUUUCAAUUACAGUUUUGUAAUACUAAUGUCUGAAUUUGUAAAGAACAAUUUAAGAUUUUAAAGUUUAUAAAAAAUGUAAAUAAGAUUUCAUUGCUGUUGAGCUUGUUGAAGUUAGGUUACAAACCACACUUAUUCUGAAGAAAAAAAAUUCUCAAAAAA